GAGCCCAUCACGAUGGCCUUUGUGUAACUGGUAAGCUGCUGUACAGUCUUUCACGUCUGCACGCACGUCUGUCCUUUCACCACUUCACGCCGUGUUCUGCGAUCACAAAACAGCCAUGUCUUCACCAUCCGAGUUCCUCACCUUCUACCGCACUGCCACUCGCGCAAGUGCCCUACGUGCUAGCACGGUCUCAAGAACGGUAGCCCGAACGCGACCUUUCAGCUCUACGGUAUCAUCGUUGGCAGGCUCGACUGGAGAGAAGGGCGACUUGCACAAAUCUGAUGUAGGAGGGCCGAGAGAGAACAAGAAGCAUAUCUUGGAGAAAGACCACGAACCAAAUGUGCAAGCAUAUGAGAGCAAGGCAGGGAGGAGUGCUCGAGCAAAUGACACUGGCGGCGUUGCCACUGAGCAGAAAGAUGAGGGAUCCAAAGCGAAGGCCAAGAAGGAGUUCCCAGAGUCACCGGUGCAGAUUGGAUUCGAGGACGAGCGAGGCGGAAAAGGGCGCUAAAUUCGCUUGAAGUAAAGUAAUGGAAUCGUCGAGCGCCAUGUGUAUAGUAGCCAGCGAUCACAUGUAAUACCAUGUCGGCCUGAGCUCCAGCUCUCGGGCAUUGUUCAAGUCAGGAUGGAUCAAUCACAAGGCGGAGCAGUAAAUCUGCUUUGAUGCUCUUCGCUUUCUUCGAACGAAUGUCCAGCGGCUCAGCAGCGUGGAUAGCUGAUGGACAGGAAAUAUUCCACCU